UGACGUAACUACCGGUUUUCAUUAGACUCACGAACGCUUCAGAGAUGCAGCGCGAGCGAACAACGAACGCCGGCGGGACUGAAAAGCCCGACCGAGAGGCUGCCAUCAUGUCCAAAUACUACGAUGGAGUUGAGUUUCCUUUCUGUGACGAAUUCUCGAAAUAUGAAAAGCUGGCAAAAAUUGGACAAGGGACAUUUGGAGAGGUGUUCAAAGCCAAACACAGACAGACUGGGAAGAAGGUUGCUCUGAAAAAGGUUCUGAUGGAAAACGAGAAAGAAGGAUUUCCUAUCACAGCACUGAGAGAAAUUAAGAUCCUGCAGCUGCUUAAACAUGAGAAUGUGGUGAAUUUGAUUGAGAUCUGCAGGACUAAAGCUACCCAGUUCAACAGAUACAAAGGUAGCAUCUAUCUGGUGUUUGACUUCUGUGAGCAUGAUCUGGCUGGACUGCUGAGUAAUGCCAAUGUGAAGUUCACCCUGGCAGAGAUCAAGAAGGUCAUGCAGAUGCUGCUUAAUGGCCUGUACUACAUACACAGAAAUAAGAUCCUUCACAGAGACAUGAAGGCUGCCAACGUACUCAUUACCAGAGACGGUGUUCUCAAACUGGCUGACUUUGGUUUAGCCCGUGCCUUCAGUCUGGCUAAAAACAGCCAAGGGAACCGAUACACCAACCGUGUGGUGACGCUGUGGUACCGACCUCCAGAGCUGCUGCUAGGUGAGCGAGACUAUGGCCCCCCCAUAGACCUGUGGGGAGCAGGCUGCAUCAUGGCUGAGAUGUGGACCAGGAGUCCCAUCAUGCAGGGCAACACUGAGCAGCACCAGCUCACUCUCAUUAGCCAGCUGUGUGGCUCCAUAACGUCUGAGGUGUGGCCUGGUGUCGAUAAGAAAUAUGAACUUUACCAGAAGAUGGAGCUGCCUAAAGGUCAGAAGAGGAAAGUGAAGGACAGACUCAAAGCCUACGUCAAAGACCCGUAUGCUCUGGACCUGAUAGACAAGCUCCUGGUCCUUGACCCAGCGCAGCGCACGGACAGCGACGACGCACUCAACCACGACUUCUUCUGGUCUGACCCCAUGCCGUCAGACCUGAAGAACAUGCUGUCUACCCACAACACCUCCAUGUUUGAGUAUCUGGCCCCGCCCAGGCGGAGAGGCCACAUGCCCCAGCAGCAGCCCAAUCAGAACAGAAAUGCAGCGACUACCAGUCAGACUGAAUUUGAUCGAGUGUUUUAGUGAGUCAUAAAGGUUGUGACGAGACUGAAACUUUUCAAAAACAACACACACAAACAUCCGCCCAGUGCUUGGACCUUGCUCAUCUUCCUGGUGUAGGAUUUGAAUGCAACACAUCAUUACAACUUGAAUAUUUCAUGUUUGACCAUGUUGGAACGUGUACCGGAAUUUCAAACGAUGGACGGUUUGGUGCUUGUCGGACUUCCUGUUUGAUGAAUCAUGACCGUGUUUUUCAGCCAGUUAUCGAGUAAAGCUCCACUUUAUUUUUUUGUUGAACAUUUGUACAUUUGUUCUGUCUGAGUUCAUGUCAGAGUGCAGCUUAUUUGGAUUUACCUCCUUGGAGGACUGUGAAUUAUUUUUACAACUGAUUUUAUUUGAUUAAUAGCAUAGGAAAAUAAUGAGGAAAAAGUUACUCGUCACUGUUUGCCAAACAUUAAAAUGGUGAAGAUUGUGAAGACUAUACUAUUAAUAUACUAUAGACUAUGAGAGGACUAAACGAAUCAUUCAUCAGUUCAUGUUCUUACAUAAACAUUCCAACAGUCAUGUAUGGAGUAUUUUGCAAACAUGCAUUACAUAUGGUUUUGGUUUGAUCACUCUGACUGAACAAUGACCUAGUUUUUAUUUUAA